UCACCCAAUACUUUCACUAAUGUCCUCCCACAUACGCCCAUGCACAAACACCAAAGGGGCUCUGAGCGCAACAAGAUGAAAAGUUUCUCUCUCUAUUUAAGGAAUACACAUCUCUAUAUCCUGUGGACUUCUCUUUAGGAAAACUUUAAACGGUAUUCCAAAUAUUGACGGCGAGUUUGAGCGCAACACCAUGGGGAAAGUGAACGUCUAUUUGAAGCGAAACUUCAUAGUAAUGUUAAGUUUGAUCGCGGUUUGCAGUGUCUUUCUGUUGGGAUUCACUCUGUUCAGCCAUGGAUACCACUACCAAAAUGAAGAGAUGGAAGAGGCGAACCUUUCAGGUAUUCAUACCAUGUAUAUUAUUUCCGGCAUAACUCUGGCCUUGGCCCUCAUUGGUGUAUAUGGUGCAUACAAAGAGAAGAAGUGGGCGCUUAUAGUGUUUGCAGUUGGAAUGAUCCUGGGCAGUAUGUUCAUGACUUUCAUAGAAGUUAUCGGACUGGCUGCGCUGCAAUCACCGUUGUCUGAAGGAAUAAAGAACCACUACCUACAUAUGCUGCCGCUGACUAAUGCUAGUGAGAGCUCUAUAGACAGCAUGAAUGAAAUACAGAUGCAUUUGCAGUGUUGUGGACUGGAUCAGGGCUACCUGGAUUGGGGCUACAACAUCCCAGAAUCCUGCAUAUGUGAUGAAGAGUCUUAUAAUCCAUGUGUGGCAGGUCCUAAAAACAGCAGUUUGUCUGAGCACAUGGUCGAUGGCGAGCCUGUCAUGAUUUAUAAUCAGACAUGCAUUCCAUUCUUGAUUGAGGAUGCGACAACGAGCGUGCGUAAUGCAUUGGGCUUAUUUCUGGGAUUGACAUUAUUCUGGAUAUUGUCAGUGGUGUUGUGCGUCUUCAUCUUAUGUCAGUUGAGAAAGAAGGACGAUGUCCCUGUAGUGGUCUACAGUCCAGAGGCGAAAGCAGGCAACUACACCGUUCUGGCAGAUGGUGCAGAGUACAACUGAUUGGUACAAAACAUAGUGUUUUUAUGAUGUUUGAAUAUAUCAGAAGUUGCCUUCAACAACUGAGUUUGCAUGAAAAAUAUGUACAUUUUAUUAUUUUCUUAAAAUGUAUUUGUCUAGGUAGGAUGUAUUUGUAUUGUUUUUUUUAUUUAAACCAUUAACCCUUUCUUCAUUUUUGUCAUCCCUGAAGAUGCAUGUUUUUACAAUGGUAACAUUGUGGGCUUUGGUAAGAAACAUUUAACAUUGUUAAUAUGUAAUAUAAGUAUUUUUUUUGUUUUAAAUAUAUAUAUAGAUGUAACUAAAAUACAUAUACGGCAUAGUAAGUCUGAGACCUACACCCUUCUGCUACAUAAGAUAUACAGUAAUACUGUAGCGCAUCUCCUUCCACUGUCGAGUGGUAUUAUCAUCCCAGAUUAUAAUCUUAAUUGAACACCUUUCAGCCAAGAAGUAAGCAUUUGCAAGCAAUAAACUGAAGCGUAUUGUUAGACACGGAAAUAGAGAUUACAUUGAACACAUUCAAUUGAGAUGGUUAAAGAAAAUGCGUUUUUUUAAAAGCACUGGUGAAGAUAUGACUGUGGAAAUAUUUAGGUUAUG